CGAGGCUGAUGGAUGGUAUGUAAGUACCUACCUAGGUAGGUAGGUAGGUAGGUGUGCAUGUCAUCCAUAUGAGUACCUUUACCGAAGAACCGGUGGUCAUACUUAUGUAGGCUCCUCCACGACAGCUUCCAAAUCUACUCUCAAAAGAGGCUCGACGUCUACAGGUUAAUCAGCCUCAGCUCCCAAAGCCCAAAAACAACCUCCCGCAUAAAUACGCUCUAUCAAUCCAUUCUCAUCCUGAAUACGGAGUGCUCGGCAGGCAAACGACAAUGCCUCUCGCAACAAUCCACCUCCUCUCCCUCACGACCUCAACCAGCAUCCCAUCCUUCCUCGACGCACUCAGCUCCAGCGGCCUCCAACCCCUCGUAGUCUCCAAGGUAAUCCGAUGGGUCAUCACGCCCACGAAAAUCGACGUCGACCCUCUCCUCCACCCUCAAAAGCCAUGGGAUCUUCUCAUCAUCGCCCCCGGCAACACUGACGCUCUCCCCCAACCGCUCGCCCACAAGGUCGAAUGCCACUGGAGCACCGUCGCCGGCAUACCCAGCCGCCUGACGCACACCUUCUCGUCGACCAACGCCCAAAUCCUCCAUCCAGACCCAUCAUCAGUCCCCAGCCUGACCGGCGCCCUGGACAACCCUCGUCUCGGAGCGAGCAGCCAGACCCUCGAACUCUCAUCCGAUCUCUCAACUUGGAUCAAAGCCUUUAGCCAGACGCCCACCGGUAAGACGCCGCUGUCCAUGCUCAACCUGCUCGCCUUUAAACCAGGACUCAAAGAGUCGUACUUGGAAUAUGGCAAAGCCUUCGCCGAGAGCAUCGGCUCCAGACGAGGUGGGAACGCGAAACUUGUAGGCAACAUUGUCCCUCAACCGCAACCUCAAUCUCGAUCAGGCUCAAGCCAGGGCUCAAAAAAGGAGAGAGAUUGGGAUGAGUUCGCACUGGCUUCGUACCCUUCGAUCCUGCAUUUCGCGGACAUGUUGGCAAGCGAGGACUAUCAGGCGGUGAACCUCAAGUAUCGUGUCCCCGCGCUGGAGGAUACGUUGAUCCUUUGCACGAGUGAGAUUGAGAUUGAGGAGAUCAUGAAGGGGAAGGGGAAGAGGGCGGCAGGGAGCUCUAAAUUAUAAGAUAAGUAGGCGCCUGGCACAGUGUAAUUUCGAGGAGCCAGCCUCAGGAAAUACAUACACAUUCCAACAAGCGAGCCAUCCACCACUUCCCA